AAGCAGCACCAGCCAAAAAGAAACACUGUGGAAACGUAGAGAUUUCUAUGGAGUGUGGACAGUCUUUUAUGGACUCUUGUGUUUGUGCUGGUGCAUGCAGCAAGAUAGCUCUGAUUAUUAUUUUCUCACUCUUUCUUGUCUUUUUCCACGCUUUUUAAUAUCUUUGCUAAGUCAGGCUUCCACGUGCUUCUGGGGCUCUUCACCUCUUCCUCCCCCCCCCUAUUCACCAAUUCAAUGCCCCAUUCUCUUUUUUUUAUCACUCAAUUACACACUCUCUGACUCUCUGCUCCCCUUUUGUUUGUAUCUCUCUGACAAGCACAAACACCAGACACACAUUCAUGGUGGUAUGAGAAAGUAGCAGCAGCAGCAGCAGCAAGAAGAAGAAGGCAGCAGCAGCAGCAGCAAGAAGAAGAAGGUAUCUGAGAUUUGGGAUCAAAGAUGAUGGAAGGAAUCAUCAAAGGAGGAGGAGGAGGAGGAGGAAGGGUUGGUGUGGGUGAGGAGGACAUGGGAGAUGGGAUGCAAUGCAGCGACCAUCCCUACAGGAACAACCCAGGUGGGAUCUGUGCUUUCUGCCUUCAGGAGAAGCUUGGCAAGCUGGUUUCUUCAUCUUUUCCUCUCCCUAUUCGUGGCUCGUCGUCUUCUUCUUCCUCUCCUUCUUUUAGAUCUGACGCCAAUGGGGGUGCUGGUUCUUCUUCCUCUCUUUCACUCUCAAUCCGUCCCACAUCGACAAUAAAAGGCAUCAAUGAUGGCGGUGGCAAAGAUAGUCAUUAUCAUGAGUAUUAUGCGAGGCGGGCCCGGAUCCCUUUUCUUUUGGGUAAGAAGAAGAAGAAAGUUACUACUGUAGCGUCGUCGGAUCGUGCGGCUGAUAUUGUUUUCAAGCGAAGCAAGUCCACCACAACUCCCAGGAGAAACCGCUUCUUGGAUGCUGAUGAUGAUGAUGAAGAAGACAUUAGCCCGAGAAAAAGAGGUGGGUUCUGGUCGUUUCUCUACUUCUCUUCUUCCUCUUCCACUUCUUCAUCUUCUUCCAAGCCCAGCGCUCCCAAGGCUGUGGACAAGAGCUUCAGAGAAAACACCCAGAUCACAACUUUGACAGCAAAUGGUACAGUGGGGAAGCAGAAGGAGAAGUGUCUGGGGUCCUCUUUGGGAAAGAAAACUGAAAUUUCGGAAGAAGAUGAUAGUCCCAAUAGCCAAGGCGCCACCGCUUCGGCCUCGUCCUUGGAGCGGAAGGUUUCAAGAUCCAGAUCUGUUGGGUGUGGAAGCAGGAGCUUCUCCGGCGACUUCUUUGAGAGAAUCUCCACCGGUUUUGGUGACUGCACUCUACGAAGAGUGGAGUCCCAGCGCGAAGGCAAGCCGAAGGUCUCAUCCUCCGCCGUGCACCGUGGCGGCGGCGGAGACCACCACUGCAACAUGAAAGAGAGGGUAAAGUGCGGCGGAAUAUUUGGUGGGUUCAUGAUAACUUCCUCAUCCUCUUCAUCAUCCUCUUCCUCGUAUUGGGUGUCAUCUUCAACCGAGGAUAUGAACGGAAAGCCAGGUGCCCAUGGCCGGAAUAAGAGCUGGGGCUGGGCAUUUGCGAGUCCGAUGAGAGCUUUCAGCAAGCCUUCCUCAAAAGACGGAAAGAGGGAUAUCGUCAGACAGGCUUCCGACAAGAACAGAACCGCCGACUUGGCCGCCAUUCCUUCCUUAUUGGCCGUGAGAGGCUAGAGAAGAUUAAUGCACAGUACAUGUUUGUUACUUUGUCUAAUAUUUCACUCCAUUUCUAUCUGUGUUGGUGUCUAUGGAUAUUCCAUUAGUAAUGUAACACUUUUUCUUCCCACUUUUUUAUUUUUGGCUCCAUUUUCAUAUUAUUUUGGUUUCAAAUAGAUGCCUGGACUGCACCUCCGGUGGAUGGCUUGAUGAGAUUACGUAUUUGUUGGGGUUGUGAGUUAGAAAUCUGUAUUCUUUGUUUGUGCUUAUUUUGUAAUUUGCACUAUGAUUAUCAUGUUAUGGCAAAGAUGAAAUAUAUAUGUGUUUCUUUAAUCA